AUGGCUCGUUCUCUGUCCAAUGUUAAAGUCUUAUCCUUUUCCUUUGUAGAUGGCCUUUCCCUCAAAUUUAACAGGCGAGGCUAUGCGGGUGCGACAGCAAGCGUGGGAAAGGGAGAGUCCACCACUCCAGUGGUGGGGAAAGUGGAAGAGACGGUUGAGAUCAAAGAAGAUGCCAACAAGACUUGUUCAUGGGGCCCAGACCCAGUUACUGGAUACUACAAGCCUACAGAUCAUGCGGAUGAGAUCGGCACGGCAGAGCUUCGUGAUAUGGCGUUGAACCACAAGAUCAAGCCUCCCCAUUGA